AUGAUGAACUGGAACAAGAAUACAGACUGUUGUAAGUGGAAUGGUGUGACUUGCAACCACUUCACGGGUGAUGUUAUUGGUAUCGACCUAAGUUGUGGUAUGCUACGAGGUGCCAUCCACCCUAACUCCACCCUCUUUCGCCUUCCUCAUCUACAAACACUCAACCUUGCUUACAAUGAUCUUACUGAUUCUCAACUUCCACAUGACUUUUCUAAUAGUUUCACACAUCUCAACAUCUCUGGAUGUAGGUUAGCUGGCCAAAUUUCUAGGGAAAUCUUAGUUCUUUCUAGAUUGGUUUCUCUUGAUGUCUCUUAUAAUUAUAGAUUGCAAAUGCAACCUUACGUUUUGAUGAGUCUGCUGCGAAAUUCUACUCAUUUGAGAGAGCUCUUGAUUCCCGGAGUUCAGAUACGUUGUGUUUUACCUACUUAUCUUAAUAUCUCCUCUUCUCUACGAUCACUCCAUCUUAGCUAUACUGGUUUGAAAGGGAAACUAUCUAAUAACAUAUUUAAUCUUCGAUAUUUAGAAGAACUUGAAUUGUCUGGCAAUUACUUAAUUGGUCCAUUGCCCAAAGUUAACACGAGCACUAACAUCCCUCUCAAGUGUUUAGAUCUCUCCUUCAACAACUUCUCAGGAGAAACACUCGACUCGAUUGUCCAUCUCACCUCCUUGAACUACUUGGAUCUGUCUUCUUGUGGUUUGGUGGGGUCCCUUCCCAAACCCCUAGUUAAAUUUAGGCACCUUAAAACGUUUGAUCUAUCACUUAACAUGUUUAGUGGAGGCUUACCAUCAGAUUUCUUCGGUUGUCGAUCAUUAAAGAUAUUAUCCCCUGAGAGCAAUCAAUCUGAUGGAGAGAUUAAUCAAGGCUCCACCACAGCAUCAUGUGUCCAAUUCAUUAACCUCACACGCCUUGACCUUUCAUGGAAUAAUUUCACAGGUGUAUGGGAUUUCGAUGCAUUGUUAUCAAACCUACCAAACCUUCAAUCACUUGAUCUCUCUUAUAGUGGCUUAUCUGUUGUCUCCAACAAUUCCUUCAGCUAUGCCAAUCCUGAUUUUUUGAGCUUAGGUUUGGCCUCUUGCAAGUUAAAUAUGUUUCCGGAGUCUUUACAAGCCAUGAAAAUCCUUACAUUUUUAGAUCUAUCAAAUAACGAUAUACAUGGCCCCAUUCCUGAUUGGGCAGGGGAGAUAGGAGCAAAUAGGCUGUACUACUUGAAUCUCUCACAUAACUCAAUAUCAGGCUUGCCACAAUUUCAAUGGGAUGUAAUGGAAGAUUUGUAUUUGCAAUCCAACCAGAUCCAAGGAGCAUUCCCUCCAUCAAUUUGCAACAUGAGAAAUCUAUAUGAUUUGGAUAUAUCCAACAAUAGCUUUAGUGGAGUGAUUCCACAAUGCUUGGGAAACAUCAACUCUUCUCUAGAGUAUUUGAAUGUAAAGUCCAACCAGAUUGAAGGACCAUUCCCUUCAUCAAUUUGCAACCUGAGACAUCUAUAUUUUCUGGAUAUGUCGAAUAAUAGUUUUGAUGGAGUGAUCCCACAAUGCUUGGGAAAUAUUAUCCCCUCUCUUUCGAUGGUAGAUAUUGGGAACAAUCAUUUUCAUGGCAGCAUCCCUGAUGUGUACAAGGAUUGUGAACAAUUAGAGGGACUGAAUUUGAAUGGAAAUCAAUUACAGGGAAAGGUCCCAAGUUCCUUGUCCAAUUGUCAGUCCUUGAUUGUACUAGAUUUGGGAAACAACCGGUUAAAUGGCAAAUUCCCUGGAUGGUUAGGCGAUCUUCCAAAGCUGCAGGUUCUCAUCCUCAAAGCAAACAAGUUGCAUGGUGUCAUUGAAACCUCUUCUACAAAUAGAAGUGUAUUUCUAAGUAUGAGAGUCCUCGAUUUAUCUCAUAAUAGGUUUGUAGGCCAUCUCCCACGAAAGUAUUUGCAAAAUUUUAGUGCCAUGAAGAACGUGGUAAAGAAUAGCACUAAACCAAAAUAUUUAUCUGCAUAUGGAAAAUAUUACUCUGUCACUACCACGGUGAAAGGCGUGGAACAAGAGUUUCCACAAAUUUUGGUUGACUAUGUAAUUGUUGAUCUAUCAAACAACAAAUUUGAAGGGGAGAUCCCGGGAGUCAUUGGUUCUCUUUCUUCACUCAUAGUGCUUGACCUAUCCCACAACCGUCUCAUAGGUCAGAUUCCAUCUGUUUUAGGGAAUCUUUCACAGAUUGAAUCCUUGGACCUAUCUUGGAACCAACUCACAGGAGAGAUCCCCCAAAGCUUUGCAGACUUGUAUUUUCUUGGAUUCUUAAAUCUCUCUGAAAACCAUCUUAAGGGACGUAUACCAGAAGGAACACAACUUAGUACAUUUGAGGCUUCAUUCGGUGGGAAUCCUGAACUGUGUGGUCUUCCGUUAGCCAAAAAGUGUGUGCAUCCACUUGAAACACAACUUGAAGCUGAUGAAGAUAUGGAGAGCGGAUUUACAUGGAGAGUGGUGAUGAUGGGGUACGGGUGUGGGACCACACUUGGAUUAGUCAUGGGUUAUGUCAUGUUGUCUACCGGACGACCAAAAUGGUUCAAUGCGAUUGUUGAUGCAGGAGAGCACAUGAUCCACACAAGGAAAAACACGAGAAGAUUUGUAUAUAUUGGAAAAUGA